AUGAAUGUGCAAAGAUCACCACAAAAACGCAUGCCAACGGGCGGUGGAUCGCAACCGGAUUUAUCAAAAAUGAGUUGUGCAACCGAUGUUCCGCAAAUAACGCUCCGCAAGCGAAAACAGCCAAUUGACAGCGAUUGUGGGUGUUCCAAUGAACUGAAAGAAAUGCGUAAAGAACUAAAGCGAGUUAGUACCUUGUUAGAAAAAUAUGUCGAAUCAAAUGGACAAAUUUUGAGCAAGAUGCAGGAAAGCAUUGCAGAGGUCCGGACUCAGAUUAAUGAAAUCAAAAAAUCAAACGAAGAAACCACAAAAUCGCUGCGCGAUAACGUCAUUGAAGUCAGAACGGAGUUGAAUAACUUAAAAAACUCGUCGACUAUUAUGUUCACGGAGCACAAAGACAUAAAAAAUAAAAUUACAGAAUUAGAAGCUCAGGUAGAUAAUAAAAUAAAAUCAUUUAAAGACGAUGUUAACAAGCUGAAUCCUCAAAGCUCUGGACCAUCACUAGCAAAUAAUAUUCCCAAAAUUGAUCAGAAUGAUUUUAAUUACGUUCUACCUAAAAUUUUGAGUCAAAACAUGUCGGAUUUCUCUGUUUUAAAACCAUGUACAAAUAAUGAAAUAACAAAAAUAAUAGCAAAUCUUGACAAUAACUGCAGUAUUGGAAUAGAUGGCAUAAAUACCAAAGUAAUCAAAUGUGCCCAAUCAAAUAGUUACUCAUCUAACACAAUGCUUCAAUAA